AGGAUGCAGAAGAUGUUUGGUGAAGAAGCCACUUAUGAUUUUUAAUAAUACCUACAGCCUGUACAUAUCUUAAAGAAUAGAAUUUACAUGACAGCAAUAUUGAAAGCUCUUGCGCUCUAUAAUAAUGAGGCUGAAGAUUCGGACGAAUUGUCAUUCAAGAUAAAUGAUCUUCUUGUAGUCUUGAAAGAAAACUUCCAAGAUGGAUGGCACCUAUGUCAGCUUGGAGACAAGAAAGGAGUGGCACCCUCAAACUAUCUUCAGAUACUUGUCAAGCCCAUGAAUGCAAAUCACAAUGAAGAAAGUAUUUAUGAUAGCCCCAAGAACCACAACAACCAAAGCAAUGUUUACAUCAAUAACCAAACUGCAAAAAGUCCAGUUGAUGGGAACGAUAUGUAUGUAUACUCAGACUACCAGAAUAUGCAAGGAAGCAAUGAAGAAGAGGAAAUAUACAUGAACACCUCAGCUGCAGCAUUGAAAGAUCUGAACAAAGGAUCACUCACUCAUCUCCAACCUUCUCCUAAACGUACACCAGAACCAAGGAGAAUCAACUACCCUGCUUCACCGGUCAAAGUUGUUCUUCAGCACCAAACCAGUGAGUAUAUGGAUAUGGACGCACCUGGUGGAGUUACCGAUUACAGUGAGAUUGCUGAGGAUGAAGUUGGGGCUGAUUACGACGAAGUCCCAUCUCACGAAGCAUAUGAUAGUGGAGCUCCGAACAAUUCCAGUAACGAAUCAAUGAAAUCAUGCUCCUCCCAAAUCUACCCAACGAACAGAAGCAAUGAGUCCCUACAUUCAACCAAAGUUUCAUCUGAAUCAAUCAGAUCGAAUGAUUCAGGAAUAUCUUCUUCACAGCAAGAAAGUGCUAGAAGAGAAAGCCCACCGUCCAUUCCACAGAAACAGGGUCCCCACACAUCCCCUCACUCCCCAAACUCACACUUAGACGAUGAAUCUGAUAUCUACAUGGUCCCUCCCAGUGCUAUUACACAAAACACAGAAAAUAAGAGGAGGAGUGACCACGAUUACUUUAACCCUCCCACGCCAACCUCUACCAUUCCUCCAGCUAAACCUGCGCUAAAAAAGAAGUCCUCCAAAGACGCAUCAGAAGUGGUGAUGCUUGACGAGGGUCUUGAGUAUGCAAGGGCGUCUGAAGCUAUCAGUAAAACCAAGAAAUUAGGCACUCCUCAUUCCGAUAAAAAGAAGAAGAAAACAGCUGGACUUGAUCUGUUCCUACUGCGAGUAGACAAGCUGCUAAGUAACCUGACUCUGAAGAAAAGCCACAAAGAUAGCCACAAAGAUAGUAAACAUCACGGUGGAGGAGGAGGGAGCUUGGUGAAGGGACAAACACUCUCAAAGAGCUUGGAGAAUAUCAACAAACACACCGUGAACACGGCUAGGCCUCUACCUACCUUACCCAUGCAUAAAACAGUGGGAGAGCCCAGCAAAGGAGGGACUCAUAAGAACAGAGAACGACCCCUCCCUCCGACACCCCCAGACCAUGAGCUACAGAUUGAUGAAGGAGCGUUAUUGGGACACGUCAAGAUGCGACGAUCUACGGUUGCCGGACUGAUGAACAUUCAAAUUUGGAAACCAUCCAACUUUCUAGCGCCUUCCUGUAUGAUGGCAAUGUCACGUGACGAGCUGGCCUCGCCAUCGUACCACGACUACGCAGAAAUAGAAGAUGGUCCCGAGUACGUGGAGGUGAUAACUCCAGAACACCCACCCCCCUCCUCCGCACUCAGCCCUCUCCCUCACCAUCUCCCACAGUCCAAUACCUUCCACUCGGCUCCUGGCAGGGUCAUGUUGGAACGGCAGAGGAGUAAGAGUGUGACAGGAGCGCUGUGUAGUGAGCUCGCUAACGAACGCAGACAUUCCACCCCUCUCAGGAACGAUAGAGAACCCUCAAUGUACGAAGGUUGCAGCUAUGUAACCCACGACCCCGGCCCACUAGAAGACGAAGAAUUUCACGACUACACAGAAGUACCCGACCUAGAGGGGGUACCCAGCAGUUUCCAUAGCAACUCCAGUGGUUACCAUAGCAACGGGAGCAGCGUUCAGAGUCGUCACCAUCUCCCUGGCAGCUUAGAUAGUCAUAGUGUUGAGAGUCUGUUGUCCAAAAUGGACGUCCUAAGUUUUGUCCUGGCGCCAGAUUUUGCUGAUCUCUGUAAGAGUCUGACUGAAACAGAUGACCAAUACCGCCCUCCACUCCCCUGUUCACAACCUCCUCGCCUCCCCACCUCCCAACCUCCUCCCCUCGCAGAACCAAACCGUCCUCCUCCUCAAGAACCAAACCGCGCUCCACCUAAACCCCCUAAGAUAGGAGACCCUCCAGCGCAGCGUGGCAUGCAGAUUAAACCUGUAGCGCACGUCUCCCCGGUUAUGCAGAUAGCGAACGUGUCACCGGUUACCCAGAUAGCGGCAGCUCAGCAGGUUGCGCCGGUAGUACGUGUUGGGGGCAGCGCACGGAGUUCGGGGAGCUCGACUCCAGGAAGUGCGGGGUCUACUUCAACUCUGGGGACUAUUGGGCCUUCCUCUGCGGCCAAUUCUCCUUCUCUCACUCCUCUUGCUCACCAGGUAUGCGGUUUAAUGACACCAUCCCCCCCUACAUUCUACUCACCCUCCACCCUCGCCAAACUGCCCACCACCACAGUGGAGAGAGCUGAACCUGUCUCUCCCUCCGACAUGAUGCAGCGGACCCAGUCCUAUACUCCUUACCCUCACCAUCUUUCUAAACCACCGAUAAUACUAGUGGAAAUAGACAUAUGUAGUCUGUGUGAGAACGACAUAGCAGUGAUACACGAGCACUGCGGAGUUAUAUCCGGCACUCUGAUCCGUGCCAGCACGGAGAGUCUUAUCAAGUUAAAGUACGUUACUGAUAACAGAGACGUGGAGAACUACGUGGCUGCCUGCACUGCGACAGGAGGAGCGUGCAUUGAGAUAAUAAAACAUCUGACAGUGCUAGCUGACCGGUGUCAGAAUCCUGACCUGUAUAAUCUUACCUUCGCUCACAAAACGAAACUCAGAGAGAUCGUUAAACGGCUCGUGGAGGCUGUUAAGAUGGCGAAAGUACAGUUCCCUGAUCAACAUGCUCACGAGGAAAUGUUAGCUAGACGAAACGACCUGAUAACAGCUGUUAGAGAGAUUAAAACGUUUGUCGUGAAAUUAUUACACCCACCAACCUGAAGAUGGAGAUGGAGUUAGAAAGAUCAUAGAAUCAUAGAUCUGAGGAAAUCUGGACUAAAAUUAGUGCAAAUAGAACGGACUAGUUGUGCGGUGGUCGUAGUUACAUUUUUACUUGUAAUAUACAGUUCGACUAAUAUGUUAGUGAACUCAAUUUAAACUUUAAAUCUCACGUUUUUUUUUCAGAAAUUGUGAUGUAAAGUGAUUAAAACUGCAUUGUAGAUACACAAAAAAAGAUAUAUUUAAAAGUUUUUGAUGAGAACUUAACAGAGGUGCAUCAGCAUUUAACAACAACAACAAAAAACAUUUAAAUCGCCGUUAAAUACCCGAUUUCCGCCCCCAUUUUCUGUUAAAUUAAUAUUAUAGAUCUGUUUUCAAUGUACAUUUCAACUAACUAGUAUUGUACCCAACGUUUAUAUGACUGGUUUUUAUUUUAAUCAUUUUUGCUAUGUUUGACUUUAGUUGCUGCUUCAAUAUAUUUGGAAGAUUGAGCAUGGGCAGCAAGAACUUUAAAUUUGAAUGGUUUCCCGGUGUCAUUUUCCAACGCUGACAGUUGUGUUUUUAAGUAUCUGAAGAUUUUCGUGGAUUGAAAUCCGAACAUAGCUAGAGUUGCUGAGUUGAAAUUGAAACAUUGACAUGGCCGAUACUCAACUUUAUUUUAUAUAACCU